AUGUCACAGCGCCACAAUCCGUACAGUUUGUUUACAGUUUCAAUUGAAUCGUGUCAGAACAAUGAGGACAAUUUCACUUUAUUUCAUAGCCGCGCUUUUGGUGGCCGCACAGGCGCAAAUGACGGCGAAGGAGUACGUAGAGAUUUGCAACAAAGAGCAUGGUGUUACCAAUACAGAGUUGAAGCAAUUCAUUGACAGCAAAAUGGAUCCUGCCAAGGCUACUAAUCCCAUUAAGUGUCACAUGAAGUGUGUCAUUGAAAAACUCGGCUUCUAUAAAAACAACAUGCUCGACGAAGCCUUGGCCGCUAAAUUCUUUAAAGAACAUAAUAAGGACCAGCAAGCGAAUGUGGAAACCAUUAAACAGACCAUACAGAAGUGUAAUCAAAUGAAGGGUGCCGAUCCUUGUGAUACUGCCUAUCAGAUUGUUACAUGUUUUGUUAAGUCCGAACUGCCAAUGUUUGCUGUUUGAUCAAAAGAGUUAUGUAAAUAAAUGGAAUAAAUAAUAGCAUAAAUAAAUAGCAUGAAAUUUAUUGUUGUAAA